AUGGCAGACAAGCACAGCUACGGGGUGGUAAGGAAGUUCAUCGGCCAUGGUGUUGGCUCCGUCUUCCAUGCCGGCCCUGCUGUGCUGCACUAUCGUGAGAUCGCCCCUCCUGCCCCCUCCUCUCCCCCGCUCAGCCUAUUCUCCCUCUCUCACCCUCAUCCUCACCUGUUCAUCGGCCAUGCUGUUGGCUCCAUCUUCCAUGCCGGCCCUGCAGUGCUGGACUACCGUGAGUUCAGCCCUGCAGUGCUGGACUACCGUGAGUUCAGCCCUGCAGUGCUGGACUACCGUGAGUUCAGCCCUGCAGUGCUGGACUACCGUGAGUUCAGCCCUGCAGUGCUGGACUACCGUGAGUUCAGCCCUGCAGUGCUGGACUACCGUGAGUUCAGCCCUGCAGUGCUGGACUACCGUGAGUUCAGCCCUGCAGUGCUGGACUACCGUGAGUUCAGCCCUGCAGUGCUGGACUACCGUGAGUUCAGCCCUGCAGUGCUGGACUACCGUGAGUUCAGCCCCCUGACCCUCCUCUCGCCUCCUCCCGCCACUAAUCUGCCUGGUACACUCCCCUAUUCGCCCCCGCUUAAACCCCUUAUUCACCUCUUCAUCGGCCCCGAGGGCCCACCGUGGCCCCACUCCUCUCACCAGUCUCCCUCACAACCUCCCUCAUUCACCAGCACAGGCAUCGGCCUGACCCUAGUGCUGCACUCUCCUGACAAGAGCUGUUUCCCACAUCUCUUUCUCCCUCCCAUCCCACCCUCUUUUCCCUCUCUGUUCCCCUGCAACAACGAGCCAGGGCGCAUGCAAGUGGGGCAGACAUUCACCAUCGAGCCCAUGUUCACGAUGGGGGGGGUGCGGGAUGUGAUGUGGGACGAUGGGUGGACGGCCGUCACUGCGGAUGGCACCUUGACAACCCAGUUUGAACACACUCUGCUUAUAACGGAGACAGGAGUGGAGGUGCUCACAAGGUGA